AUUAUUUAGACGCCAUUUGGUCUUUCCGACUUCAACAAAGCAUUUUCCCACGCUGAGCGAGUCUAGCAUUCGCCUUUGGCAGGCAGAAUACGCACAGGAUGUCACAUCCAGAGAAUAAUGGAGUUGGAAGUUCCGGCCUUCCCAAUGGGGCAGACCCGUCUCGUCCAGCUCCGAAACGCAAGUCCAGGUCAACCAGAGGCCUACUCAACAAAGUUGUCGCACUUGAAGAUCAGAUGCAGCACGUCCAAUCCAACCUUGAGAAUGUUGUAUCUCUGCUGUUACGUCUGGCUCCGACGGCUCUACCUGCCGGCUCUCAGCCAUCGACCAAUUCGAUUAGGCAUGACAUCGCGCAACCGGGUUCUACUGGCUCUCAUAACCGUGUCCAGACACCUUUAUCCGGGUUCUGCGAAAAAUAUGAGCAGAGACCUGUAUCGUCCCUUGAACAAUGGGUACAGCAAAUAGCUGGAGAUGUUGCAUCAACUACAGCCGAUCUUCAACAGCAAUCUGUUCCUCGAGACCGAACAGCUGGUGGGAGCGUUGCAGAAGGAUCGGAAAUGUCCUCAGAAGACGAGAGAGACCACACAGUGGAGGAAGAAACGAAAGAGGGGCUCUCUUUUAUGCGGGAUAUGUUACGAAGCGAGGAAAAGAAGAGGCUACAUGCGGAUGGUCACUGGGACUCACCGGGGGAACCAGGUUUAUCGAGCCAUCGAGAUCAAGAGCACAUAGCAGCCGAUGACCGAGGGCACAGGGCUGAACCAGACGGUCGCUUGAGAAAUGCACGCCUCAAACGGAAGCGAGGCGCAAAUGAUUGGGAACCUCCCGAAUGGUUACCGGCCGGAAUGCGUGAUCCGAUCGAUCUUGGCUUCUGCAGCGAAGCACAAGGGAGAAAUCUUUUUGAUAUGUUCUUCCAAGGGGCACAUUCCUUCAUGCCUGUCUUUGAUCCCUCUAGAGACUCUUGGGAAAGUCUGCGCCAUCGGUCGCCAUUCUGUAUAUCCGCGAUUCUUUUCGUGGGACAGAAAAUCAAAGAUGCUGGUCAUGAGCCUAGCAACUUGCAACGGCUACUGAGGGAGCAUGCGGAGAGUAUAGGAAAGACCACAUUGUUCUGUCCCAUAGCUGAUACGGAAGCUCUCCAAGCCAUGAUCAUUUUGGCCUCGUGGGGAGAUACUGGCUGGCGUCCUGGUAGUCAUGCAGUUAGUAUGGCAAUUGAUAUGGAGCUUUAUAAAUGUCUGCCAAGACUUGCUGAGAGAUUGCGUACCCCUUCCGCGUUCACGAGCGAUCGAGAUGAAGAUACUGAACGGCGGCUGGUGAUAGGAUCGAGGCUAUGGCUCUUGGUUUGUAAAAUGGCCAUCGAGAUGGCGUAUAAUUAUGGUCGUCCAAUGCUCAUCGACGAGACGUUGAUGAUUCCUCAUUUGCACGCGCUGUUGAAGCAUCCUGCGCAUUUGCCGACCGAUGGUCGAAUUGUUGCUUUUUGCGAAUUACUUUAUUUGAGGUUAACAUUGCACAGAAAUGCCAUAAGUGGUAAUCACCAAGAAUUGGAUCAACUUUUGCAAGUCUACAAUGACGAAGCGCUUGGCUGGGAAGAGAGAUGGAGAAAUUACUAUAUCCAACAAGGAGUUUCCUUGGAUAAUAUUUUGGUAACGGAUCUGACAACGCAGAGGUGUUUCGGCUCUGUUCUGGCAAACUCGUGUCUGUUGCGAGAUAUUCGAAGUCCACAUGACAUCGAAAGACUCUCCCCUCAUCGGAGACGUUUGCUUUUAGCAAGUCUUGACGAUGCACGAUUGAUAGCCAGCAGGAUCAUUACGACAGAAAAAGACAAACUUUUGCACGCUAAUCAUUAUUCACAUGUUGCCCUGGCUAGCGUAACGAGGAUCUAUAUACGUCUAGCUACCCUUUUCCCAGGAUCAGUCGAUCUAAGGAAAGUAGCAAAAGACCUGUCUCAAUUGACCGAGGUACUGGCACGAUUCCCGGGUUUCCACUUUGCUCAACAACUGCGCUAUGCCAUCAGCAAAGCGAGGCAAAAGAAGAUCUUACCUCCGGAAACGAGACCGACUUCACCAAGAUCACUUUUCAACCAAAGUGUCGAGUGUACACGUCAAAAUCAACCGAAACCUAGAUCAAGCUCUGUGCCUUCAAUGUCGUGGUUCAAUCACUUCCCGCCUUCAGAACCCCCACCACACCAGCACCACGGCGAGAGCGCGCCCGAGCGACCAGGUAGCACCGGUAAUACGAUGACCAGUGGCAGUCCGGUGGAAUUCGAUCCAUUCCUAGCUGAACAUGUGUUGAACGAAACUUUCAAUCAAGUUCGGCCUCUUGAUGGUAUUUCGGAGUGGAAUCCUCAACCUGGUGAAACAGGGAAUUGGAAUCAAUCCUCGCAGGGAGGAAACCAGGCUGAAUGGUUACCGAGUCAACCUUCCAUUGGGACUGCCAUACCAGAUGCCCACAAUAGUUUCUUGUCAUGGCUGGAAUUCCCUGUUCUUGAUUUCAGUGAUUUUGGUACCCAGUAAAUAUAUCAUGUUAUAUUUUAUGUAUGAUUAUUUUAUUUUU